AUGUUCCUGCCUUCUCCUGCAACUCAAGAGGGAGAGAAAGUGUUGGCAGAACAGCUUGUGUUCAUGCUAGAAGGUGCCAGCACAGAAAGUUCAAGAGAAAAGAAGUGGAAAAUGCUAGUAGAAGAUAAACGAUGCCACAGGAGCUUUAUUUUGUUUGGGGCUGUGACUGUGAGGAACUCUAUGGCUAAGUCAUUAUACAGUGCCCUGUUCGACUGGAUAGUGUUCAGAAUUAACCACGCGCUCCUCAACUCAAAGGACAUGGAGGAAAGCACCAAGACUCUGUCUAUUGGAGUACUUGAUAUUUUUGGGUUUGAAGACUAUGAAAACAACAGUUUUGAACAAUUCUGCAUUAACUUUGCCAACGAGCGCUUGCAGCACUACUUUAACCAACACAUCUUUAAACUUGAACAGGAGGAAUACAGAGCAGAAGGAAUUAGCUGGCACAACAUCGACUACAUAGACAACUCCAGUUGCAUCAACCUGAUCAGUAAGAAGCCAACGGGCCUGCUCCAUCUGCUGGAUGAGGAAAGCAAUUUUCCUCAAGCCACAAACCAGACGCUGCUGGACAAGUUUAAACGUCAACACGAAGGGAACUCUUACAUUGAAUUUCCAGCAGUCAUGGAGCCAGCCUUCAUCAUCAGACACUACGCAGGCAAAGUGAAGUAUGGAGUGAAGGAUUUCCGUGAAAAGAACACAGAUCACAUGCGCCCGGACAUUGUAGCUCUUCUUAGAAGCAGCAAGAAUGCCUUCAUCUGUGGGAUGAUUGGGAUCGACCCGGUGGCUGUCUUCCGCUGGGCCAUCCUGCGGGCGUUCUUCAGGGCCAUGGUUGCCCUUAGGGAGGCUGGAAAACGAUACGUGGAGAAGAAAACUGGGCAUGAUGAUGCAGUGCCAUGUGCGGUGUUGAAAAGUGUGGAUAGUUUUAGCUUUCUCCAUCACCCAGUUCACCAGAGGAGCUUAGAGAUCCUGCAGAGAUGCAAGGAGGAGAAGUACAGUAUUACUCGGAAAAGCCCACGGACACCACUCUCAGACCUCCAGGGAGUCAACACCAUCAACGAGAGGACCCAGCGUGAUGCCUAUGCGGUUGGCUGGAAUGGCAGGAUGGGGAUGCGGCACAGCCGGCUCGCCAGCCCCAGCGCCUUCCUAGACAAGGAUGGGAUAUUUGUCAACGCCACCAACAGCAAGCUACUGGAGAGGGCCCACGGCAUCCUCAUGCGAAACAAGAACUUCAAAGCCAAACCCAGUCUCCCAAAGCAUAUGCUGGAUGUGAAGUCCCUCAAGCACCUAACCAACCUGACGCUGCAUGACCGCAUUACCAAAUCUCUCCUCCAUCUCCAUAAGAAGAAAAAACCACCCAGCAUCAGUGCCCAGUUCCAGGCCUCACUCAACAAGCUAAUGGAGACCCUUGGCCAAGCAGAACCUUAUUUUGUCAAGUGCAUUCGAUCCAACGCUGAAAAGCUGCCUCUGAGGUUCAAUGACAGCCUGGUGCUGAGGCAGCUGCGGUACACGGGGAUGCUGGAGACCGUUCGCAUUCGCCAGUCAGGAUAUGGCUGCAAAUACUCCUUCCAGGAUUUUGUGAACCAUUUCCAUGUCCUUCUGCCUCAAGGAAUCAACCCAUCUAAGCACAAUAUUCAUGAUUUUUUCCGGAAAAUAAAACUGGAUCCAGACAAUUACCAAGUCGGAAGAACAAUGGUUUUCGUGAAGGAGCGUGAGCGGCAGCUUCUGCAGGACCUGCUGCAUCAGGAGGUGCUGCGCCGGAUCAUGCUGCUGCAGCACUGGUUCCGCAGCAUGCUCUGCAGGAGGCAGUUCCUGAGCUUAAGGCAAGCUGCAGUCAUCAUACAGAGGUUUUGGCGCAGUUACCAGAGCCGAAAACAAAGGGAACCAUCCUCAGACCCUCUUGUCCUUGGCAAAGCUGCCGUUGUUCUCCAGGCCCACUGGCGUGGCUUCAUGGAGAGGCGGAGGUUCCUGCAGAUGCAGUUUGCAGCCCACGUCAUCCAGAGCUGCUGGCGGGAGCACACCAAGCGGCGUCAUGAUGCGGCCACCAGCAUCCAGGCAGCCUGGCGAGGGCACCACGCAAAGCAGCUGUAUGCAGCCUGCAGAAGCAAAGUUGUCUGCUUGCAGGCAGCCUGCAGAGGAUAUUUAGCACGACAAAGGUUUAGAGCUUUGAAAGAGCAGCGAUUAAAAGAGGUGCAGCUGGAGAAUGGCCUGUCUGUUAGAGAAGACGAUGGACUAGAGGCAGAUGAUGCUUUGGAAAUUAAGGGCUCUGACCCAUCUAAGUGGGAGGAUGGCUCAUUUGAAGAGCGAGUGAGAGCUAUAGAGGAACAUAAAUCACUGAUGGAAAAUAAUCGGGUGAAUCACAUGGACCCACUGGAUUCUUCUGGGAAUUUAUUGUACAAAAGGCAUGAGAGAGCCAGUAGCCAGAGUGGGAUGGACACCGAAGAGGAGGUCGUCGUGAGAGAGAGACCCAAAUCGCUGGAGGAUCUCAACCAGAAAAAAGUGGUUCGUGCAAAAAGAGAAAGCCGGAGGAUGCGUGAACUGGAACAGGCAAAAUUCAGCUUGGAGCUGCUCAAGGUCCGCUCCACCGGUGGGCUGUCACCUUCUGAAGAGCGGCGGUGGUCCACUGAGCUGGUGUCAGAAGCACCUCAUUCCCCUCAGGGAACCCCAGAGAGUGAAAGCUCUCAAGGGAGCUUUGAGAUGUUAAGCUGUGAAGACACCCCAAGUAAUAAACUCGUUUCCUUAGUUUUAGAUGAGCAGGAUGUGCAGUCAUUCUCCACUGACUCUUUGCUUAGCAGUCCCCAGGCUCACCUGCAGGACAAGUCUUUCUGUGGGGCAGAUGUGAACAGCAAUUUACCCAGUUGCAGAAGGAUACUUGCAGACUUGGAGCUACCUGAUAACCUCACCAUGAAGGAGCACAUAGUGUGUGACCCCCAGAAUGUUAUAAACAAGGCUCAUCCAAGAGAAACCUUCCUUUCCAGCAACCUACCUACUUUCUAUGUUCCACCACAAGACAACGUGAAGGUGAAGCUGAUGGAGAAUAACCUGAAGAACAAAGCAGUGGAAAGAAAGAAGACAGGUACAUUCUCUGAGGUCAGGAAGGACUCUGAGCCAGAGCAGGGCAGAGCCUUGGGAGAGGAGGAAGAGAAGUCCUCUACUAAGAGAGAGGAACGUGGGACAGGGACUGCCAUACAGGCCCGUUCUCCAGACUCUGUCAUCAAGAGACUGGAAAAGCUCAACGUAGAGAAAGAGGAAAGGCAAAAGCAGCUUCAGCUGCAAAAUGAGAGGGAGAUGAUGGAGCAGAUCCGUCAGCAGAAGGAAAUUCUGGAGAGACAACGCAAAGCCUUUGAGCAGCAAGGGAGAAUGGAGGCUUUGCAGAGGGCAGAGCAGAACAGGAUGAAGGACUCCUCCCUCAAACCAACCAAAAUACCAGAGAGUCGGCCUCAGUCAGUCCUUAUCCUGCACCCCCAGAGCAGGGGGGAGCUUGGCCCCACCACUGGUGUGGCUCCAACCUCAUCAGUUGACAUCAAAGGUCUCACAGUUGGGACCAGGGGAAGCUCUCCAGCUCACAGUGCCCCCAGAGACAGACCUGUCAGCAUGUUCAUAGAGCGAAAAGAGGGUCAAUUGGGAUCAGCACUGGAAGCCCGAUGCCAUUCCAGACCGGCUCUGGACCCCAGGGACCUCCCAGGCAGCCACUUGUCGAGGACAGAGCGUCUCCGGCAACCCCGAAUGCCCAACCAGGCCACCGAGGAGGCGAGAGCAAGCACUAUGUUCUUCACCCCGAAAGACAAUCCCUUUGGCCUCCA